AAAAAUAAAACUCAUUUGCUUAAUUGAUAAUGGUGUGAGAGAUAACAUACACUGGCAUUUGUAAUCGCCGGGGAGUUGCCGGAAUGGAUCGAGCUGGGUUGAUCACCCUUAACACCGUAGUUUCACCUCUCCAGUUCCGGUCAAAGGCUUCAAUUUUCCGUCCAUUUUUCUUACCUAAAGUGGUGCACAAUCUCCAUUUCCCUCUUUUAUCUUCCUGUUCACGUUUAUCUCUUCUCCGUUCUCUAUGUAUAACAAGUGAUGCUAACGUUUUGCCUAAUGGAGCUGGAAGUGCAGUAGCUCAGAAUAAACUCCUUCAAGUGGUGUUAGUUUCUCCUCAGAUACCUGGAAACGCUGGAAGCAUCGCAAGAACUUGUGCAGCAUCAGCUGUUGGACUGCACCUAGUUGAGCCAUUAGGAUUUGCAAUUGAUAAUACAAAGUUGAAGCGCGCUGGACUUGAUUAUUGGCCAUAUGUUGUUGUCAAAGUGCAUCGGUCGUGGGGUGAAUUCCGGGAGUAUUUCAUGGGACAGGCUGGGGAAAAAAGGCUGUUGGCAUUUACAAAGAGAGGAACAGCUACACAUUCAGACUUCUCCUACAAAAAGGGCGAUUGGCUUGUAUUUGGCUCAGAAACUAAAGGGUUACCCCCUGAAGCCCUGCUUGACUGCAAGAGUGAAUCUCUUGGAGGAGGAACCCUACGGAUUCCCAUGGUUGAAACAUAUGUUAGGUGCUUGAAUUUGUCAGUAAGUGUUGGUAUUGCUGUGUAUGAAGCUUCUCGACAAAUAAACUAUGAACAACUUCAAUGUCCACCUGACACUUGUAUGGAUACCGAAACAUCAUUUGUUACUGAAGAUAUUUUUGCUUAAACUUA